GUUCUGCAUUCAUAGCGUUUGCUUAGCGUGGAAGCAACCCGUUCCAUCACUAGUGGCAUCCGAGUCAUACUUAAAACCGUACCACAUCCAAGUCCUGACAGCCCCUCCACUCAACCCGAACACCCAUUCCUCGUGACCUCAUCAUGUUGUCCCAAAAUUUCAUGUUAGAGAAAGACCCUCUAUCUCUUGAGCGAAUACGUCAAAUUCUCGUCCGCCUUGAAGACACCAUCAUUUUUGAUUUGAUAGAGCGAGCGCAGUUUGCUCACAACCCCCGAAUCUACAUCCGUGGCUCCUUCCAGGAAUUGAGGGAUAUGGAAUUUGAUGGCAGUUGGCUCGAGUGGUUCUUGAAAGAGAUCGAAACCUUCCAUGCUAGAGCUCGUAGAUAUACAAGCCCAGAUGAAUACCCUUUCACGUCCAAUCUCCCUGUUCCAGUACUUUUACCUCUGGCUUUCCCAAAAAUACUACAUCAAAACUCCAUCAAUGCAAAUCCAUCGAUCCUGUCUUUCUACACUCGUUCCAUUGUUCCGCGGAUAACAAGGCGGGCGACCCUGGCGCUAGCUGCGAUCAAGCGCUCAAAUGGGAUCAUUGGGGAUGAAGAAUACGAGGACGAUGGUAAUUAUGGCAGCGCAGCCACAAUAGAUGUUGAAGUUCUGCAGGCGAUUAGCAAACGUGUCCACUACGGAAAGUUUGUCUCUGAAUCUAAAUUCCUUGCAAACCCCGCUGCCUUUAUCCCCCACAUCCUGACCCCUAAUCCAGCCGCACUCGAGGCACUGGUUACGAAACCAGAGGUUGAGCGCAAGCUCCUUCAGCGUUUGCGCAAGAAAGCUGCAAUAUACGCACAAGAAUUCAGCUCCGACGGUGACGCAAUCGUCAACUCUCAUAUGAAUGGCAGUGCAAAAAUUGAUGUUGAUGGUGUGGUGGAGUUGUACGAGAGCUACAUCAUCCCUCUGACAAAAGAGGUCGAGGUCGAUUAUCUCCUACACAGACUGGACGGUUUAUCACAGGAAGAGGUCGAUGCUUUUGCUGCAUAACAGAUUCAUUGACUUUUUAAACCCAUUUACGUUGUAUACCUCCCUCGCUACCUUUCAACUGGUACUACUAUACAUAAUCACAAUAGUCAACUUUUGGUCGCUUUCUAUCGGUUAUGCUUAUCUAUGUUGUUGUCGCUUUCUAUCGACAUUCGUUGAUUUAUCUUUCGA